AUGUCUUUGUCAGGAUACCGCUUGACAGGUCCCCCUCAAAUCCACCUACCAGUCCUAUCAGUCGCGUACGACGCGCACCCCCUCAAGCGCAAGAGGAGUGAUCUUCGCAAAGGACCCUUCUUAUGGGGUAUGGACCCACUCGAACGCGACGCGCCAUUCCGCUCACUCCGCUUGCCCAUCCUGUUUCCUCCCGUCAAACGCGACACCGACAGACCUGAUGCUUGUCCCCCCUCACCCGCGCUCACAGAGAUCAUUGACGACGUGAGUGAAGAUGGCGGCCCCUGCAUGGAGAGGGCAAAGGCUGCUGGCGUCAAGGUCCGCGACUUCGCGUAUGAGCCACUCCCCAAGGGCCCCGACCCCCGCGCUCCCGACGUCUGGGAGAAGGCCACCAGUGCGCUCAUCAUGCACGAUCACUACAUACGCCUCUCGUCGGAGGAUGCGGCCAAGAUCCGCCUCUCAGGCAGGGAUCUCUACCGCCUGCGCCAACUUGGCUGGGUUACCAAGAGGGAGGAGGACGAGUACUGGUACGAGGAGGACCGGAAGGCGAUGGCGGACUACAUGGCACGUCCUCUCGGGCCGUAUCCAUUCUGCAUUCCGAAGGGCGUGAAGAAACCUACGGCCGCAUACCGCGCGACUCUGCGCCUGGAGACUGUGUCGAAGCUAAAGAGCGAGUCAUCGUCAAAAGCAGAUGAGGUCACGCCAAAAGCAGGUGGGGCCCCAAGGAAGCCGGCACCGAAGCCAGAGCCGGAGCCAGAGGAGGACCCAUCGAAGGUGAUCGACAUGUCGGACUUGGACGACAUGGACGACAUGGACGACGGGCCUCCGCGUAUGGACCCCCGACUCAUGAACGCCAUCGCGUGGAAACUGGGCGAAGCCUACGACAGCUCCGCGGCCGCAGCCAACAACGCAGACGCGUCUCAUGUCGACAACGCAGACGCGUCCCAUGUCGACAACGCAGACACGUCCCAUGUCGACAAGAAGCGGCGUCUGAGCGCCCCGGCCACACCGCAGAGCACGCCACCCGCUUCUCCCGCGCCCGCGCCCGGACCCGUUCGGAUGUCGUCGCGCACCGCAA